AAUGUCCCUAUGGAAAAUUUGUCGAAGGAACAGUGGGGGGCAUACCGUAGCGCCACACACUGUCACAUAUGCGAGAAACCAUUCGCACAGGGUGACGAUAGAGUACGUGACCAUUGCCAUCUAACCAGACGAUAUAGAGGCCCCGCGCAUUCUAAUUGUAAUUUAAAUUACAAAGAUGCAUAUUUCAUUCCAAUCGUUUUCCAUAAUUUAUCAGGCUAUGACGCACAUUUCAUAACUAAAGAAAUCGCUACAGCGUUCGAGGGCACGGUUGAUGUAUUACCCAUAACGAAGGAAACAUACAUUUCCUUUACAAAAAAUGUAAAAAAUACCAUAGAAAACUCAAAGCGACAAAAUUGUAUAAAGCUGCGAUUUAUUGACUCAUAUAAAUUUUUGAGUACUAGCCUCGAUAGAUUGGCAUCGUUUCUCCAUAGAGACCAAUUAAAAAUUGUACAAUCUGAGUUUUCAAAAUUAUCCAGCGACGAUUUCAAUCUAUUGACACGAAAAGGUAUAUUUCCAUAUGAAUAUGUGGAUUGCGCGGACAAGCUGCAGGACUCGCGUCUACCUCCGCGCGAGUCAUUUUUCAGUUCUCUGACCGGUGACACCGUAUCAGAGAGCGAUUACGUGCGCGCCGAGAAUGUCUGGAAACGAUUCUCCAUCCAAACCCUAGGCGACUACAACGAUUUAUAUCUAAAGAUCGAUGUCUUGUUAUUGGCCGAUAUUUUUGAAAAUUUUCGCGAUAGUAGCAUCAACAGUUAUGGAUUAGAUCCCGCGUAUAUACUUUGCCUGGUUUCACGUAGGACGCCAUGCUGAAACACACGCGCAUAAAUUUCGAGCUGCUCACAGACAUUGACAUGGUCAUGUUUGUGGAACGCAGUAUACGCGGUGGUUUGAGCCAGUGCUCGAAUAGAUACGCUCGAGCCAAUAACAAGUACAUGCAGUCUUACGAUCCAUCGAAACCAUCCUCGUACCUGAUGUACUUUGAUGUUAAUAAUUUGUAUGGUUGGGCGAUGUGUCAGCCACUGCCUUACGCGAAUUUUCGAUGGAUCGAAGAUAUUACGAAUUUCGACGCGAGCGCAAUCGCCGCGGACUCAUCGACAGGUUACAUUCUCGAGGUCGAUCUCGAGUAUCCGCAGCAUCUUCACGACGCGCACACUGACCUACCGUUCUGUCCGACGCGCGAUAAGCCGCCAGGCAAGCGGCAGGAAAAGCUACUUGCGACUGUGUAUGAUAAGAAGCGUUACGUCAUACACUACCACAACCUGCAACAGUGCACGCGUCAUGGGCUUCGCGUGACAAAAAUACAUCGCGUAUUGGAGUUCUCGCAAUCUCCAUGGCUUCGCAAAUAUAUCGAGCUUAAUACUCAGUUUAGAACACGCGCGACAAACGAUUUCGAAAAAAACUUAUACAAAUUAAUGAACAACGCGGUAUUCGGUAAAACUAUGGAAAACGUGCGGAAUCACGUCGACGUUAAACUUGUAACUAAAUGGGACGGUCGCUACGGUGCCGAGACGAUGAUCUCCAAACCGAAUUUUCAUAGUCGCAGCAUUGUUUCCGAAAAUUUAAUCGCCGUGGAGUUGCUAAAACUUGAGGUAAAAUUCAACAAGCCGAUCUACGUGUGUAUGUGCAUCCUCGACAUAUCCAAGAUCUGCUUGUAUGAAUUUCACCAUGAAUAUAUGUUACCGAUGUAUCGCGAGCAAUGUAAAAUCAUGUAUACGGAUACCGACAGUCUCAUAUACCACAUCAAGUGCGAGGAUGUAUAUGAGACGAUGAAACGCGAUAUACAUAUACGAUUCGACACGAGCGAUUAUCCUGUAGAUAACGCAUACGGUAUACCGCUAGUAAAUAAGAAAGUCCCCGGUCUAAUGAAAGACGAGAAUAAUGGUGCGAUAAUGACGGAAUUCGUCGGACUCAGAGCGAAAAUGUACGCGUUGCGAGUCGAUGGUAAGAAAGAUACGAAGAAGGCUAAAGGUGUCAAAAGCAACGUGGUAGCGCGAACGAUAACAUUCGACGAUUACACGCAUUGUCUGCGAGACGAGAUAGAAAUGACUCGCCGACAAACUUGUAUAAGAUCGAAACUGCAUGAGGUGUACACUAUAGCCGAGACGAAAAUCGCUCUGAGUCCAUACGACGACAAACGAUACAUCAUGCCCGAUUCUACAGAAACGCUGCCAUGGGGACAUUACCGAAUACCUUUAUAAUAUAUUCACAGUAUUAUUGUACAUUAUAGGAUAGUAAUAAGUCUAUUCACAUGUAAAAUAAAUGACACAACUAUAUAUGUAUAUAUGUAUAUAUGUAUUUAAUAUAUUCAUAUACAUGUUUAAUAGAAUAAAUACAUUCUUUAAAAAUUAAACCACAUUGUUCUUAUCUAUCCACGAGUUAUGCGAUCCAUCGAAUCCCAACCAUUUCACAUAAACCUUGUCACCCUUCCUGCGCAGUACCUUUUCCACAAGAUACACAUCUGGGUUAGUGGCACGAUGCAACUCGUACUCGUAGAACGCUCCUGCAACGGGUUCUCCGCGAUAAUCCUCGAGUAGAUACGUUACGGGAUUAGUGUGUUGUACUGUAACGAUCUUAAACACCUCG